ACUUAGACUUGACCCACAGUCACCUUCCUACAGAGCGUGCACUGGGUGUCCAGUGGUGCACAGAAACAGACAGUUUCAAAUUUCAGAUUAAGUUACAAAACAAGCCCGCUACAAGGCAUGGUAUUCUGUCUGUUGUUAGCUCAGUUUAUGAUCCACUUGGUUUUUUGGCACCUGCCCUACUGCCAGCAAAACUUAUUCUAAGAAACUUAUGCAAAGAGAAAUUUGGGUGGGAUGAAGAAGUAGAGGUCAAACACAUUCAGAAAUGGAAAAAAUGGAUGGACGAUUUGCAGUUACUUACAGGAUAUUAAGUGAACAGAUGCUUCAAACCUACAGGGUUUGGAACCAUAAAGACAGCACAAAUGCACCAUUUUGCAGAUGCUAGUGAAGAUGGAUAUGGCACUGUCACUUACCUUGUUUUAACCAACAAAGAGGGCAAAAAGCAUUGUUCAUUCCUGAUGGGCAAGUUAAGAGUUGCACCGUUGAAACAGAUCACGAUUCCAAGAUUGGAGCUGACAGCAGCCGUUGUGGCAGUUAAAAUGGACAAAAUGUUUAAAGGAGAGCUUCAAAUGCCCUUAGAAGAAUCUACAUUUUGGACUGACAGCACCAUGGUGCUAAAAUACAUUUCAAAUGAAAGCACUCGGUUCAAGACCUUUGUUGCCAACAGAAUCUCUGUGAUCAGAGAUCAUUCACAGCCUUCACAGUGGAGGUAUGUCACAUCUGCCCUUAACCCGGCUGAUCAAGCAUCCAGAGGGCUAAGCAUAGAAAACUUUCUCAAAAGCACUACAUGGUCACAAGGUCCAACUUUCUUAUUAAAGCCUGAAAGGGAGUGGCCAAAAAGACCAGAUCAACCGAACGAUUCACUCCUUGAAGAUGAUCCAGAAGUUAAAUCUUGUACAGUUAACAUGACAAAAAUAGAGGAAGCAACUGAACCCAUUAACAAACUAAUCACCUAUUUUUCAGAUUGGCAUCGCCUGAAGAAAGCAGUGGCUUGGUUCCUCAAGUUUAAAGACUUAAUGCUGAGCUUAAGAAAUGAAAGAAAAACAUUCCAACUAGAAGUCAGUCAAACUAAAGGGAAUCCAGAAGAACAAAAAUCACUCAUCGCAAAGCACAUGAAAAGGUAUAAACUGACUCUAAAAACAAGUCCAAUUUCUCUAGACGACUUAGUUAAAGCUGAAACAGAGCUUAUCCGCCUGAGUCAACAGCAAGAAUUUCCAGUAGAAUUAAAGUUUUAAAGAAAAAGACUUGUGCUAAAAAAAACAGUCAAAUGUAUAAACUUGACCCGAUCAUUCAAGAUGGAAUACUAAGAGUUGGAGGAAGACUCGGCAAAGCUGCGAUGCCCGAAGAAGCUAAACAUCCUGCAAUUCUACACAAGCAUUCACGUGUUGCUUCUCUCAUAUUGCAACACAUUCAUAAACGAAUUGGACAUUGUGGGCGCAACUAUGUGCUCGCACAGCUACGCCAAAAAUACUGGAUACCUCAAGCAAAUUCAUCUAUAAGAAAAAUAAUUUCAAAGUGCACAACGUGCAGAAGAUACAAUGCGAAAGUAGGUGAGCAAAAAAUGGCAGAUUUGCCAGAAGAUCGUCUAGCACCAAACCAACCACCGUUUACAAAUGUUGGAGUGGAUUAUUUUGGCCCCUUCCUAGUCAAAAGAGGAAGAAGCCUAGUCAAGAGGUACGGAGUAAUCUUCACAUGUUUAACAACCAGAGCUGCGCACAUAGAGAUCGCACAUAGCUUAGACACAGAUUCUUGUAUCCAAGCCAUACUCCAAUUUACAGAUAGAAGAGGACAAGUUAAAAUCAUGCGCUCAGACAAUGGAACAAAUUUUGUUGGAGCAGAAAGAGAGCUACGAGAAACUAUUAAAAAAAUUAGCUACGCUAUGAUGCAAGAACAAAUCAAAUGGAUUUUCAAUCCACUAUCAGCUUCUCAUCAAGGUGGAGUGUGGGAAAGACAAAUCAGAAGCAUAAGAAAGAUCUUAAAUUCAACACUAAAUCAACAAACACUCGAUGAUGAAAACCUUCCUACAAUGAUGUGUAAAGUGGAAUCAAUACUCAAUAACAGACCCCUUACAAAGACAUCAGAUGACCCAAAUGAUUUGGAACCACUCACACCCAAUCACUUGUUGUUACUGAAGACAAAACCUGAAAUACCACCCAAAUUCGUUUCAGAAAAUGAACCAUACCCAAGAAGAUGCUGGAAAUAAAUUCAAUACAUGGCUGAUUUGUUUUGGAAAAGAUGGACUAAAGAGUAUUUGCCAAUACUUCAAGAAUGUCAAAAAUUUUUUAAAUGUUUGUUUGCAGUGUUAUUGCUAAUGAUUUGAAAAGAAUAGUUAAUAUAAAAAUAAUUGGCUCAUAUUGAAGUAAAGUAUAGUAAUUGUCUCCGCUCCUGCAUAGCCAGUUAGGGGCCGGAAAUGUAAGA